AUGCACCCACAAAAGAACAAAGACGAGGUUUCUGUGCUCGUCAUAGGUAGAGAGCAUAGAGAAAACGUGCUAGUACCUUGCAUGAAGACACUGCGUCAGCACGUCGUCGCGCCCCUGGAGACGCGCGAGUUUCGUGUGUCGACGUACAUCUGCGUCGAGAAGAUGACAGAAACGACGCGAAAACACAUUGAACAGCAUAUAAUUGUGAGCGAUUUUUUCGAGUACAACAGUUCCGAUCAAUUUUCAAGAGCACACGAGUGUUUCGAAAGAGUGACGCAGAGCUCACCGGAACUGUCAUCUCGGGUCAAGUACUUUUUAAAGACGCGGCCUGAUAUGAUGUGGCUGAGCGAUAUUACGUUUCCUUUUCACAAAGACGCCGUCAUGCUACGUGCGAGGCGCAUCAGUCGGGGUAAAGUGACAUCCCAACACCUGAGCUGGCAAGUCGGCCCGCGCGAAGAGUGCAAGUGCGCGGACGCGGGCUGCGUCAUGGUCGACAGUAUGGUAGCCGUAAUACCCAAGCCAUGGGCCGAUGCAUAUUUCAAAGUAGACUUGGACACAACUUCGAAGACAUUUCCUCGCGGGCGCGAGCGUUUGGAUGACGUUGAGAAAGGUGACGAUAAAUUGUUUCGACUGACCUCAGACUGGGGGGAUAGAUGUCCAUGCGCUGUAGAAUGGGAUGAGGGUACUCUAACGUUACGACUUGCAUCGCACGAGGCUCUUGUCUUCAUCUCGCCUUUCAAUUUUGUAUUGGCUCCGCCGAUCCCAGGAUCCGCGGCUUGGCGAGCGGGGGGUACGUAUGUCCGCGAUGACGACGAUUGGGAAACAUGUUGA